UCAAAAGUAACAGACAGUGUCCCCUACACUGGAAUCCCAUCAUUCUUCACCACCUUUGAGCACCCCCCCCCCCCCCCUCCCCCUCUCUCUCUCUCUUAAUUUCUUUACUCUAUUCACCAUUUUGGUGGUUCCAAUCUCCUCUGGGAAACCCUUCCUGUGAUCUCAUUCUACACCUCUUUCAUCAUCUCUUUAGCUCUCAUACUUCUUCUCAGCUUCAUUUUUAUCUUCUUUUUGCUAAAAAACUCACUCCUUCCUUCUCAUAGUCCAGUUUUCUCUCAUCCUCUUACCAUCUUUCUUCCAUACACUUCCUAUUUUCUAGUCACAAUCUCUCUCUCUGUGUAAGAUUUGUCGAUUCGAAAAGAGUAACUGAGGUUCAUAAGAUUUGAACUCGAAAUCUUGAUUUUACGACCUUUGUCUCCAACUGUUAGUUGCCUGUGUCCGGUGACUAACUAAUUUAUACAUAUAAUAUAGGCUUUGUGGUAAGUGUGUUCUGGGUGAUGCUCAUGUUGACGAGGAAGCUGGUGGGGAAGUUGGAGAAGCAGCUGCCGCCGCUAGUGGAGGCGCCGCCAGCCGUGGCGGUGGUGAAGGAGCCAAGCCACUCAACCCACACAUCAAUAGAGACGCUGGUGGUGGUGCUAGCAGUGAUCACAAUAGCUGCUGUCAUUGCGGGGAUCGUUGCUCGGCUGUGCGGCGGGCGACAUUUCGGGGGCAGCGGAGAGCAUGACAUUGAAGGAUGGGUGGAAAGGAAGUGCAGGAGCUGCAUUGACGGCGGAGUCCCAGCGCCGCCGUCGCCACCGGAGGUACCGAAGCCGGCCGCGGCUGAAGAAGCCAAGAAGUGAUUGGGGGUAUAGCCGUAUAGGUGAAGAUAAGUAGCUUCAAUUAACUUUUGAGUUCAGAGCUUAAAGCUUAUAGUAUUGAUAGGAGUGUAUGACUCUGUACGGUGUCGCAUACUCUACACAUUAAAAGCGUAUGUAAUUUUAUAUGAAAACAUUUAUUUCCCAAAACCCUAAAAUAUUGAUUUCCCUUUGCUUUUU